GAACCACCGCCGCCGCCUCCGACCCCAUCCUGCAGCUCGCCCUUCAGUCCCAACCCGCCGUCGCCCGCAGAGUUAAUCCGUCGCUCUUGCCCAAUUCCAAGAUGGAGGGUCUUCUCUUCAACGUAAAUAAUGGCUACAUAGAGGGCAUCGUCCGGGGCUACCGGAACGGCCUCCUCACAUCAUCCAACUACGCCAACAUGACACAAUGCGACACGGUCGAUGACCUGAAGCUCCAGCUCGGCCCCUCGUACGGCGACUUUCUGGGCUCGCUGCCCCCUAACCCGUCAACAUCGGCGCUGGCGUCCAAGACGACGGAGAAGCUGGUUUCCGAGUUCAAGUACGUGCGCGCCAAUGCCGUGGGAGCGCUGGCUCAGUUCAUGGACUACCUUACCUACGGCUACAUGAUCGACAAUGUGGCGCUCCUGAUCACUGGCACGCUGCACGAGCGCGACACGCGCGAGCUGCUAGAGCGCUGCCACCCGCUGGGCUGGUUCGAGACCAUGCCUGUGCUCUGCGUCGCCACCAACAUCGAGGAGCUCUACAACAGCGUCCUGAUCGAGACGCCCCUGGCCCCAUACUUCAAGGGCAGCCUGAGCCACCAGGAUCUGGACGAGCUCAACAUCGAGAUCGUCCGUAACACGCUCUAUAAGAACUACCUAGAGGACUUUUACAACUUUGUCAACUCGCACCCGGAGAUGGCUGGCACCCCGACGGCCGAGGUCAUGUCCGAGAUCCUCGAGUUCGAGGCCGACCGCCGCGCCAUCAACAUUACGCUCAACUCGUUCGGCACCGAGCUCAACAAGGGAGACCGCAAGAAGCUGUACCCUUCCUUUGGUCGUCUGUACCCGGAGGGCACUCUGAUGCUGUCGCGCGCCGACGACUUCGAGGGCGUCCGCCUGGCCGUCGACGGAGUCCCCGACUACAAGGCCUUUUUCGACGCCGCGGGGCUCGGUGGUGGGCCGGCCGGCCCUGGUAACAUGGGCGGGGGUACGGCCGGCGGGUCUGAGGGCAAGAGCCUCGAGGACAUGUUCUACCAGAAGGAGAUGGAGAUUUCCAAGAGCGCCUUCACGCGCCAGUUCACAUUCGCCAUAGUGUACGCCUGGGUCAAGCUGAGAGAGCAAGAGAUCCGCAACAUCACAUGGAUCGCCGAGUGUAUCGCGCAGAACCAGAAGGAGCGCAUUGGAAAUUACAUUAGUGUGUUCUGAUCACACCUAGUCUGCUGUUUGGGUUUGGUUGGCUUCUGCUUUUGAUUUUCUAGUUAGUAACUGUGUCUCUCCUUUUGCUAUCAUUCUGUCCCAUGCGGCGAAUCUUUUGGCUUAUUUCAGUUUGGCUCCUUUUAUUGUCUUUCGAAUUUGGGGUAAAAGGUAAUACCAGAGGCCUUUGCCAACACGCCGCUAAAUGGCGGUCGGCCCGCAGAUCAUGGGAUGGCGCAGCCUGGGCAGCAAAGCAGGAAGGGAGAUCGGUGUCGAUCUUGCCGAGACUGCAUGUAUUUUACACCGCAAAAUUACACAUCUAUAUCACAGUCCCCUUUUCCCCG